GGGACUCAUAGACAAGAAACACAUGAGAAGUAAAUGGCUAUGAUCACCAUCUCCACCAUCAAAGAGAGAUGGAAGCUUUCUAUAACUGCAAGCUUCAUGGGCUGCAUCAUCCCAGUACUAUUCCUCAACCACAGCCAUGACAGUACAAAUCUUUCUGCUCUUCUAGGCAUACGGAUGGAGCCUUCUGAACCAUCUAAGCUCAAUAAGCACUCGGAUUCAGCUCUUCAAAACACAUCCACAUCCCCAACAUCUUUUGGUCAGUUUCCCACACCUAAUGUGGAGUUCUCUCAAAUAUCUAAGCUCACCGGGUUUCCAGAUUCAGCUCCUCAAAUCAUGAAUACAUCGGUAUUAUUCUCUGAACCACCUAGGCCUAACACGGAGUUCUCUGAACCAUCUAAGCCUAAGAUGGAAUUCUCUGGGCCAUCUAAACUCACUGAUUACCCAAGUUCAGCUCUUCAAAACACAACCACAUCCACAUUAUCUUUUGAUCAGUUUCCCAGGCCGGACAGGGAGACAGCUAGGCCGGAAAUGGAGAUCUUUGAACCAUCUAAGCCUAACAUGGACUUCCAUGAACCAUCUAAGAUCAUUGAGAACCCAAAACUGAUGAACCAUAGUAAUGAAAAGUGUGACAUCUUCGAUGGGAAAUGGUUUUAUGAUCCAGAAGGAAAGCCUCUCUAUGGCCCUCAGUGUCCUUUCCUUCAUGAUCAAGUGAGCUGCAGGAGGAACGGGCGACCAGACUCCGACUACGAGAAAUGGAGUUGGCAACCAAAUGAAUGUGAAAUUCCAAGGUUUAAUGUCACAGACAUGUUCGAGAGGCUUAGAGGGAAGCGAUUGAUUAUGGUUGGAGAUUCCCUCAAUGGAAAUAUGUGGGCAUCUCUUGCGUGCCUUCUUUAUUCCGCUAUUCCACCUUCUCGAUCUCAUAUUGAAACGAACCGCAUCCCGCGCUCCUUCAGAUCAAAGGAUUAUAACUGUUCCGUGGAGUUCUACAUGAACCCGUUUCUAGUGCAAACAUAUGUCAAUAAAACAGAUGGUACUAGGGUUCUAAGGCUCGACCAAAUUUCAGACUCAGCUCGGCGUUGGCAAGGCGCAGACAUCAUGGUAUUCAACACUGGACAUUGGUGGAUGCACAAAGGGCGGUUUCAAUCGUGGGAUCUUUUUCAAUAUAAGGGAAAAUUGGUGGAGGAGAUGGAGAGAGCAUCAGCAUUUGGGAUGGGCUUGAGGACUUGGGCGAGGUGGGUGGAUCGCUACGUGGACGGGACCAAAACAACAGUCUUUUUCCGGAGCCUCUCACCGCAGCACAGUGGGCAGCAUUACUGCUACAAUCAGUCUCAACCCAUCUUGGAUGAAUUCCUAUUGCCACCAUUUCCAAACUCCAUGGCUAGAAUUGUUGAGGGAAGGAUCAGAGGGAUGAGGACACCAGUGAGGUACUUGAACAUCACCAAGCUAUCCCAGUAUCGAAAAGAUGCACAUCCAUCAAUCUAUUCAUCCAAACGAGAGAAGCUGAUGAUUAAUCAAAAGCAAUCUCCUGAUUGUAGCCACUGGUGUCUUCCAGGACUCCCAGAUACAUGGAACAUGUUAUUGUAUGUGUCAAUGGUCUCUAGCAACUCGAGUUCUUGGCAUCUCAUGGUUUGAUUGUUGUUACAUUGGGUUAUAGAUUUUUGGAAUGCUUUUGUUCUUGACGACAAAAUUGAAAAUAAAAAAUUUAUUCUAUCAUUGGGAUUUUGA